UUCAACGCGUGGAUCCAAGGGGGUCAUGUGGCUGGGAGUCGCAUCGCAUCCUACAUCAUGUAGACAGAGAGGUGAACUCACGCACAUUUGCAGACCCUUAAAGAAACAUAUCCUGCUCUACGGUCUCCCAUGCACGAGUUUCUUGGCUAUUACAGCUUCUCGCCGACGAUCACCUGCCACUGCUACCCCCGGACGACACCAUGCGGUCCCUAUUCAUCGGUCUGCAGCUCAUUUCAAUGGUAGCAUCUGCUGCCAUUAGCAUCAACGCCCGUUCAGUAGCCGAGGACUUGCAAAACCUUGUCUCGACUUCCUCAGUCGCUGUCGAAGUUCGAGAACGUUGGAGUGACUUCGAUGUACCUCUACCAUCCGUCAUCGUCAAUGCGACAUCAGAGAAAGAUCUGAGCGCCGUGGUCAAGUACUGUUCAACGAACAGCAUCCCUUUUCUUCCCCAGAAUGGCGGUAAUGGUUGGGCGACCAAACAAUUCGACUUGGGCAGCAACGGCGUCCUCAUCAACCUCGCCGGUCUAAACCAGGUCAAUAUCAGUACCGACAAGAAGACAGCAACGAUUGGUGGAGGGGCUCUCAUUGGCGAUGUUGUUGCUGCUGCCGACGCCGCAGGCGUUUUAGUCCAAACUGGCAACUGCAACUGCGUCGGCGCUCUUGGAGCAGCUCUCGGCGGUGGAUACGGCAAUAUCAUGGGGGAACACGGCUUUGCGGUCGAUAACAUCUUGUCGAUGCGCGUUAUUACUGCCACCGGAGAGGCCCUGACGGUCUCAAGCGCAUCUAACUCCGAUCUCUUCUGGGCUCUAAGGGGUGCAGCGCCCAACUUUGGCAUCGUCACAUCUGCAACCGUAAACGCAUGGGCAACGGCAACUCGUACAUCUUGGAUCAUGUCCCUGACUUUUGACUCUUCCAAGAUCGCAGAUGUGGCUCAGACCAUCCAGGAUCUCCCAUUGCUACCAGAACAAGUCGUCUACCUGGUUCUGACAAACUCCGGCGACUCUUCAAACUCGCCAAUUGUUCUUGUCACUGGCUUCCUCCGCGAGGGAACCGAAGAAGCUGGCCGCACCGCAUUUGCGCCACUAUACAACCUCGGACCCCUGACCAACUCCAGUGUUGUCACUCCCUACCAGCAGUGGAACGCCGCCAAUGACAACUUCUGCGCCCGCGGGGGACGCAAACCUGCAUACAGCACGACCAUCAACAACAUGAAGUCGGAAACUUGGCCCGAGAUCUGGUCUCUAUACACCGGUUUCCAAAAACAAACAGGCGCGCAGAAUUCGGCUGUGUUGAUUGAGAGGUACAACCUCACCACGGCAAAGUCAGUCCCUUCUGGGUCGGCAGCUAUGCAAGACGAGCUCCGCCAAGAGGCGUUCGCGCAGGCAAUUGUUAUCCCGUGGUAUGAGGAUGCUACCCUUGACACUCAAGCCCUGGAAUUUGGCGCAAAAGUCCGAGACAUCUGGAGCUUCUCUUCAAGUGCCACCGUGAAUCCAACGUAUAUUAACUUCGCUCACGGGGAUGAGCAGCUGCAAGCCAUCUAUGGUUCAAGCUUGGAUAGACUCAAGACUUUGAAGAAGAAGUUCGAUCCUUCAGGGGCGUUUGGUCAGUGGUUCAAGAUUGCGUGAGUAUACUACCAUGAUUUCAUCUCGAAGGACUGGUGGAUGUGAGCAAGUGUCGGUUUCCGUGCACCCUUAAGUCGAAGCGUACUUAGGUCCUACCUAAUUUGCAAGACUUUCGAGAAGGUACGACAUGUAUCUUGUUCUCAAAUCUGCACUUAUAUUAGAGUCUGUCCAGUACUGGACGACAUGGAAAUAAUCAAAUGUUCAUCAAAUAUGACAGAUAGAAGGCACUCCGCACCGUUUGGUACUCCACGUCGUGACUUGUCUCGGCCUACUUUUUGCCGCUCAGUCUCUUUGAAUGAUAU